ACACCGUGGUGGGCAGUAAUUGUUGGGUCAGCAGUGGUGCUGCGUGGGAGUCUGACAUUGCCCGUGUUUAUCUACCAGCAACGGGCAAUGGCACGCGCACAGCGGUUGGGGCGGGUCAGCGCGGCAUGGCAGCACAGCAUGAGGGCGUCCCUGCGGCUGGAGACGGCCGACAAAAGCUUGACACCAAUGCAAUUCCAGGCGCUGCUGGAGCAGCGGGUCCGGCGGAAGCACCACGAGCUGCUGUUGAAACAGGGGAGCCACCCGAUCAUGAACUUUCUGCUACCGCUGGCGCAGCUCCCCAUAUGGGUCUCGAUGACGUACGUGUUGCGCCAUCUGUGCGGCGUGCCGCUGCCAUAUUUCGACACAGUGGGAUCAAGCGUAGACGUCGCGCCCGCCAUGGCACAUGAGGGCAUCCUGUGGUUCUCGGACCUGACGGUGGCAGACCCCACGUUUGUGCUGCCAGCAAUCACAGGUGCGCUGUAUUUGGCCAAUGCUGUAGUUGCCCGGCGCUCGGCCGCCAAAUUUAUGCGCAGAGGACCGCCAACCACAAUGUCCAGGGUCAUUGACGUUGUUGCGUUUGGCAGCCCGGUGCUGAUGACAUACAUUGCUGCUGGCCAGCCCGUAGCGAUCGUGCUUUACUGGGCAGUGUCGGCGGCAUUCAGUCUGGUGCAGAACCUGGUGUUC